AUGUCGGUGAUUCUGCAGUCCCUCGCGCGGUCCGGCAUUCCAAUCCCGAAUUUUGGUGCGCCGACCUCCGAGCUCGUCCACCCCGAGCAUCCCCACCAGACCACGGCCCCUGUAGACUCCCAGACCUCCAAGCCGCAUAUGCCAAACGACCAUGUAGAUUUUGGAAAAUUAUUUGAUUAG